CAUCCGUAAAAUGCGCGGUUGGACUUGGAGUUGUCAGGAAAGACUAUUGGACACCAAAAACGGAUUUCAAUGGAAGCAUUUUAGUUUCCCACGCGUGUUCAUGAAAACAUACUUUGAGGCGCGCUCUUCUUGACUGUGCAACCAGCCGUAGCACAAUAUGAGCGUAUAUAGCCUACAUCGGACGCGCUGUGUAUCCAAGCAACUGAACUUUUGCAAACGAACGUGUCCCGCACUUCUCACAGAAGACAGUGCUGUGUCCAGAAUUCACCGUUAUUGGACAUGGAAGAAACUUUUAUUCCCGGACCAAUGUUUUUUUUUGAUCAGUCAUGUAGCAAACAACGGCGUAAACGGUCAAUGAAGCUAUGUCACAUCAAUCUACAACUGGAGUCAAAUAAAAAAAGCACAAAGUCGGGUUCUGACGGUGAAUCCGCCGUGGACGAUGAGCUCUCUGGAGGGAGUCCUGGGAGAAGCGAAAGGAAGGGAAGGAGAAGGAGCGAUGCUUUGCUUGAGACGGAUGACCACGGCAACAGCAAUGACGAGGAGAGGGAUACCGAGGCUACACCCGCUGCCCUUCAGGAGGAGGUGUGUGGAGAGGUUAGCCUUUUUGAGGAGUACCGACUCGAAGCUCCACAGCUGCUCAUGGAACUGGAGCGUCUGCUGUGCAUGUGCCAGGGGCGCGAGGACGGUUUCUUUCCCAACGGCCUCGAGAACGUGCUGAAUUACACCUGGCGCCAGCUGACCGACGGAGCGGUUUAUUUUAUGAAACGGCAAGUGCAGUCCUUCACAAAACCUAGCAAAUCGAAGGGCUCAGUCACUUCUGAUAAGUUGUCUGUGGGCGAUCCCGCUCAAGAGAAGACUAUAAAUGCAAAGAAAACGUUUAGAAAGAAACCCGGUGUUGAAGAAAAGUUCUCCCAAGAACCCACGAAUUUGCGAAAUAAACCAACUGUCACCAAUGGACAUAAAUCUCUUUUGUCCACAACCAUAAGCUUUUCCAUCUCAUCAGAGGUCUGCCAGGAGCAAGGCUGGGUGGUCCAGUCGGAGAACCUUGCCCUUGCAGACCCUCGGUCGGUGGCUGUGUGCCAAUUGGCGGUGGAGAGGCUACAGCAGGCUCUGAUUCCCAUAAAAGAGCAGAACGCAGAGCUGGCCGAGCGAGGCUUCACCCACCCGCUGAUCCUCCGCCAUUACGGAGACGCUGAGAGUGACUGCGUGGGCAGGCAGAGGCCCGGGGGCGUGGCCUAUCCAUUCCCGCCUUACCGCCGCCCUUCAGUCACUGAGCCCCGGCAGGAAGAGCCAGCUCCGCAGAAACUGCACUACAGAAUCACCGACGGGACCAGCUUCCUGUACUACCCGUCCGGGUACGUGGCAGUGUGCCAGAGUCACUCAGGCCUGCCCUGUGGAGGCUUCUACACCAUGGUGUUCAGCGACGCACCCAAAGCCUCAGUCCUGGCCACCUUCACGCCACUGGGACACGCCACCAUCACCCAUCAAAUCAGUGACUCAGUGACAGUGUGGGACCAGCGUGGGGGUGUGACCUAUGACCCCAGCGGUACAGUGGCCCGGGAGUGGACCUGGCCCCCCGACGGCAGACCGAACAAGCCGAUCCUGAUAGAGAGCGGACCAGGAGAGGAUCCAGCUGUCAAUCUCAUCGCUGCCGAACCUGGCUCCUCCCACAAAUACGGAGGAAGUGAGGUCAUCGGGCGUGACCCUGGAGCUGAGACCCGAGGAGGCGGAGCCUGAGAGAAGGGGGUGGGCGGACCAGGACCUGCGGAGACUCCAG